GGAUAGUCGGAUUUGUAACAAAUUUUGUUUAUGGAUACAAAUAUUCAUGGGAAAAUAUAGCAGAAAGUAAACAUGGCAGCAAAAAGUUGCGGUUUAUAACUCGGACAGACAGGCCGCGAAUCCGACGAUGUUGCCCUCCAGCUACCGACGACGUCUGCGGACCCGCGACCUCCUGCAGCGGCCCAUGCCGGAAAUGACGUUGCGUCUGCCAACGCGUAUCUCUAAUCAGACACUGACCAAAGCGGAAAUGGCGGACCUGCGGGCGACGCAUUCUUAUUUUCCGUACAUGCUACGGGAGCGCACACGGACUAUGCGCAGCUCCCUAGUUUCCGGUCAGAUAAACCAGGUGCUUGAACAUCUGACCGAGAUAGACCGGAAAGCGGAAGAGGAAGCGGCUGUGUUCGCAAAGAAGGUUCGCCUGACUUAUCCACGGGAGCUGCGGGACACUCCUAUCCCGCCCGUGCGCUUGGAGCGACAGUUUAGCAGGGUGAGCGGCGCGGGCAUGGCACCACGGCUGCAGCCAAUCGAUGAAGGCCACGAGAGCCGGCGGAGCAUCCAAAGCAACACGCCGACGUCAAAGAACGCAAAAACGCAGGAAAUUAAAUCAAAGAAUAAAUUAAAAGAUGCCAAAGGAAAUAGCGGGAAACUUAAGGAUUUGAAAUCAUCGGCUAAAGAUGUGAACAAGAGAGUAAAGAAAAAAGUUCCAGAAAAGAUUAUUGACACCAUUGAAAACCUAACACGCGCUAGAAUGAUUGAGCUAGCCAAACAACUGAUGAAGGAUAAAAGAAUGUCGCAGUGUUAUAAACGUAAUCCUAAUCGAAUAGAACUGCUGCCACCGAUUGUGUUCGAGGGGACGCCGGCGUGGAGCCACGAGGUGAAAUCGGAUCUCUACAUUCUGGUGCCAAUCAAAUCGCUCCGAUACAUUAAGUGGAAGUACGCAGUUCGAGAAACUGGCUACAUUGAAGUGACAUUGCCCGCGAAACCCCCCAAGAACCGCAUUGACUUGUACGCGGCCGUCCGAGCGGACGAUAACGUCCAUCUUUCCACAUCUCGGCUCAACCGAGCGCUGGUUGAGGUGUUCCUUGAAGGACUUAAGGUAGCAAAGUUCGGAGAAUACACGCUGAUGCCAGAACUCAACUUUGAUUACCUAAAUGACACCCUAGAGUUAGUGUUCACCAAGCAUCUGCGGAUCCCGAUGGUGCCAAUGGUAUACCUGGGCGCCGACGAGCCGUAUUACACCAUCCGCCCCAAUUUACCCGAUCUCGACCCGACCUCCGACACGCUAUUUCGCGCGUGCUACGCCAUCCAAGAGGAAAAUAUCUUUUCAAAAGUUUCAUCCACCGACCAUGGGCUCCGCUUCGAUGCCCUAAAAGUCAUUCAUACCCUGUGUAAACAGGAUUGGCGUCUUCAAUCUUUGUCCGUCUACCAGCUAAAGAACGUCCUCAUGCACGACAUCGAUUUCGAAAUCGACCACUCCCCGCGUUGGCAGCGUCUAACAAGAGACGUUUGCGUUCAAGCAAUCCUUAAACGUCUCCUGUAUUUCGUUAAGAAACAGCGGCUUCCUCAUUUCUUCGAAAGCAGGAUUGACCUAUUCCGCGGCAUCUCUGCAAAGACGCUUGCCCUAAUGCGGACGCCCCUGGAGCGCUUCGUUAGUAACGAAGCCCAGCUGUUGCGGGACCUACAGCGCGCCUCCCGCGAUCGUCCAUCCAGUAGCUCCAGCAGUGAGAGCGACGAGGACUGGUGGUGAUCCGCCAACUUCCGGGAGCGGACCUGCAACCCUCCUCUUUCCAAAACCGUAAUUCCGAGUUAAGAUAUAACUUCCGGUUUCCUGUUGCAAACUUAACUGAGCUCUGAUGGUCGUUAAGUAAAAUUUCGGCUGCCAUUUGGUGGUGACAAAAAUAUGAUAGAGAUAAACUGUAUAAUAAAUGUAUAAGAUAUCGAAACAUUUAUGAUGACGAAACAAUAACGAUGACAAAACCAUUACGGACGUAACAAUUACAAUGACGUAAGAAUUGUUUUGUCAUGAGUUGUUGUAAUGGUCGAAUAUGUGUCUAAUGUGCGGCGGUAAUCCAGUGUUUACGUUGACGUCAAUUUGUUUGCCAUAUGUGUCACUAAAUUUGUUAUUUAAUUGUUUACUUGUUAAUAAAUUUGAAGA